GCUUUCCAAACAUCAUGGGUGAAACCUGGUCCGCCCCGUCCAGGGUCGGAAUGGGUUAAUCCAUUCCGUUUGCAGGUUGAACUUUCUGUGCUUGCGUAAGGAGGCUAAACCGGCCGAAUUAGAUAAACGACCUGAAAAACCCAACCCUCCUCUUUCCCUUUCUAAUUCUGAGCCGGUCUGAGGACGGUCAUUUGGACCGGAUAACUCUAUGUCUUUUGGUUACGUUAUUCUCCAACUGAACACCACACGCAACCGCAACGACAACAACCUCUGUGACUUUUGGGGAUUCCACUGAAGAUCUGUAGUUAACCAUGGCAAAGUGGUCCGUGUUCUCUCUCUACAUCCUCCAGGGACUGGCCCCUCUCCUCACGGGGCAGCUGGUCCCCCCGCGGGGCGGCCCCUGGCGGCAGCGCAUCCAGUGGGAGAACAAUGGCCAGGUGUUCAGUCUGAUGAGCACUGGCUCGGAGUACCAGUCCCCAGUGGUGGCGGGCCGGCCGAGGACCUUCUCGAGGAACUAUAUGAGCGGCAGCAGCUGGAGAGAAGUAUUCAACGCACGGGACGGGGCGUCGCAGAGGAGAGGGGGGCACUACAGCGGGCCGACACGUCCCCAGCUUGAUCGUGUAAAUGAUAGGGUAGUUGACCAAGGACCUGUAUCUAUUGGGCAAGACAGCACCAGGCCGCUCGUGCACGUUAACGUGCGCCCGUCUGAGUUGAGACCCCCGCAGGUGGUUAAUUUCCAGCGACAGGGCGCCUUGGGCACUGCCAGCGCGCGGCGCGUCGCCACGGAGUUGGCGACGUUACCGGGGACCCCUCCUGGGUCACCGGGAAGCGAUGUAGUAGUGCCCAGGAGUAACGGGGCACGUGUUGGCCAGGAUGCCACCGCACAGAAUAGAAACAGCCAACCGGGGCCCGGUUCGGUGCCUCACGGCGCGCUGUCAAUCUCCAGGCACGUUGCACCUGCGGCGCCGCCCUCUCAUUCAGGGUACGUGGUACCCGCGGUACCCGCGCCGAACCAGGCGGCCUCUAACAACGCAAACGGCGUGGAAACAAACGGAGCUGAAACUAACGGAGACGCCAUGUCUAACGAUGACCCCCGGAACCCGUUCAAGAACCACCGGAAUUCGGUUUUGUACAAUAUGUAUCCCCCCCAAGGACGGCCCGUGGUCCGUGUGCCCCCUGGCACCGGUUAUGGCACCAGAUAUUUCCAAAAUGGGCUCCCCGACCUGGUUCCAGACCCCUACGCCAUCCAGGCUGGCACAUACAUCCAGCGCAUGCAGAUGUACGCCUUGAGGUGUGCAGCCGAGGAGAACUGUCUAGCCAGGUCGGCGUACGGGCCCGGGGUACAGGACAUCGACUACAGGGUACUGCUGCGCUUCCCCCAGAAGGUGAAGAACCAGGGGACGGCCGACUUCCUGCCGGUCCGCCCCAGGCAUCAGUGGGAGUGGCACAGCUGUCACCAGCACUUCCACAGCAUGGACGCCUUCAGUAAUUACGACCUGCUGGACGUCUCCACGGGGCGCAAGGUGGCCGAGGGACACAAGGCCAGCUUCUGCCUGGAGGACACGGGGUGUGAGGCCGGCUUCAGACGCCGCUACGCCUGUACGUCUCACACACAGGGACUGAGUCCAGGUUGCCAUGACACCUAUGCUGCCAACAUUGAUUGCCAGUGGAUCGACAUCACUGAUGUACCUCCAGGAAAUUAUCUGCUGAAGGUCACCGUCAAUCCAAGUUUCCAUGUUCUGGAGUCAGACUUCACCAACAACAUUGUGCGGUGCGACAUCACGUACACUGGAGUUUACGUACAGACGAGGAACUGUCGAGUAGCGAGGGCUUAGAAUCUGAAGUGGAGCACGGGAUGCCUUUAAAACCAUCCUCUGAAUGGAUGCUACAUCACACAGGAGGCCCACGCUUUAUUAUUAUAGCUUUUUUAUAAUUCUCACCAUUCCUGUGACAAAUGAUUGUGCAGCAUGCAUUUUUCAUUGUCUGUGUACAUGUUAUGUAGUUAUAUACCAUAUGUUCUUAAGGUGCUUUUUUAUAGUAUUUACACUGACCUAACACAAUCCAUUAGAAUGUUAUCUUAAAUGUCCUUUGGUCUUGAAAUUUGAAGAAGUGACCUCUUUAAGUAAGUAGGUUAGUUCUUUCUCCACAUUUCUCGUUUGGUCCUAUUAUAUGUAAUUUUUGAUUUUAUAAUGACAUCAUCACUUUUAUUUUACCGCUUAAUAGUCUUAAAUUGCAUUUAUCUUUGCUUUUUGUUUUUUAAGGGUUUGACAAGAUGCUUGAAAGUGGAUCAAACAUGUGUGCCUGUGUAAAUGAAAACUGUAAUGUAAAAUGUUUUAUAUUUCUCAAACUUCAAAUUUCAAAGGACUACAAUUUCAAAGUCCUUAUGCUGGGUUGAUAUUUAAUACAAUAAACACCACCAGGACUGAGUACAACUUUCAAGAGCAGUUU